AUGCAUAUUUCUGCCAUCCGGGAAGCCAGGAAUCUAGAAAUUUCCACUCUAAAGAAAUCAGAGAAGGCAUUUCAGCCAAAUCCAGAUAAAAAGGAUAGGAAGUUUCCACUUUUAUCUGCAGAGAAAAAGGAGCUAGACAAACGUUUCAGCACUAUUUCUCAGCGCGUUGAAUCGUUUUCCCCCGAGGAUGAAGGUAGGGAUGAUUACUUAUCUGAAGAGAAUGAUGAAAAUAAUGACCAUGUAACAGGCAGUCAGAUUUUGUUUAUCAUUCCAUUCUUGAGAUGCUAUAUGUGUACUGGAGGCUUGAGAAAUUGUCCCAAAUUUGGAGGUCAAAACAACUUGUGUAGGCAACCAUGCAUAAUUACAGAGUUGAAGCUGAUGGUGUCUUUUGAGCCAAUGGAUAUUUCUAGAUAUCAUAAGUGCAAUGGAAAACUAACGAAUUGA